AUGGCAACUUGCGCAAUGCAGAUGCCCGGGCGCCGUGACACAGUCGUUGAACGUGCCAUCAUCGAUGACGCUAAGAUCUUCCCACUCAAUGGCCACUCUCUCCGGCUUCUCGUUCGGUUCUUGAGCGUUGGCUCCCGGAGUAGUUCAAAUUCUCGCAUUGCGCGCAACAGUGUUCGAAGCACACGGGACAGACGGCGGCUGACUUUCAACGCGCACCUCACAGCCAUGGUGGCCCAUUAUCCAGAGGGAAAAGUCGUCCCCUCGAACGAAGGAGCUGGCCAUUCUGGGGUUUCUUGA